AUCGGCCUAUCUGCCAUGAGAUCAUCCUCGAGGCCGGGCCGUACCUCCGCGUGAUUGCAUCUACCGCAUGAGUGAGGAAGAGUUAAGUGUGCUACGGGCACAACUCGACGACCUUCUCGAGAAAGGAUGGAUUCGACCUAGCUCUUCGCCAUACAGUGCUCUAGUUCUCUUCGUCCGGAAGAAGAACAAGGAUUUGCGGUUGUGCAUCGAUUAUCGCAAGCUCAACACGCAAACCGUCAAGAACGCCGACCCUCUUCCACGCAUUGACGACCUCCUCGAACGGCUGGGCGGCGCCAAGUUCUUCUCCAAGCUGGACCUCAAAUCGGGAUAUCACCAACUCGAGAUCCAGCAGGAGGACCGCUACAAGACCGCGUUUAAGACACGAUAUGGGCAUUUCGAAUGGUUGGUUAUGCCUUUUCGCCUUACAAAUGGCCCGGCCACAUUCCAAGCGGCUAUGACAAUGGAGUUCCGACACAUGCUGGAUAGAUUCGUACUCAUCUACCUCGACGACAUCUUGGUGUACAGCCGGAGUUUGGACGAGCAUGUGGAGCACCUGCGCACCGUUUUGGAGCGGCUACGACAAGCCAAGUACAAAGCCAACCGCGACAAAUGUGAAUUCACGCGGCAAGAGCUGGAGUACUUGGGACAUUAUGUGAUGCCCCAUGGCAUCCGUCCGCUUGUGGACAAGAUCGAGGCCAUCCGCGUAUGGCCUGAGCCCACCAACACCACGGACGUUCGCUCAUUCAUGGGGUCGGCGGGCUACUAUCAACGCUUCAUCACCGGGUACUCAAGGAUUGUCGCACCUAUAACGAGAUUACAAUCGCCAAAGGUGCCAUUCGUAUUCGAUGAUGACGCACGCCGGUCAUUCCAAGCACUCAAGACGACCAUGCUCAUGGCAUCCGUCCUUAGCAUCUACGACCCCUCCCUGCCAACGAGAGUGACAACUGACGCUUCCGGCUAUGGCAUUGGGGCAGUCUUGGAACCACACAGCGGCGACGACUGGCACCCCAUGGAGUAUUUCAGCCACAAAGUGCCUCUCAUCAAUUCACUUGAUGAUGCAAGGAAGAAGGAGCUGCUCGCGUUCAUGAUGGUCUCAAGCGAUGGCGACACUUCCUCCUUGGGCGUCGUAGGUUCACAUGGGUCACAGACAACAACCCAUUGACCUCCUACAAGACGCAGGAUACGGUGAGCAGCACAAUCGGACGAUGGAUGUACUUCAUCGAUCAAUUUGACUU